UGACAAAAUCUAAAAUGUAGAAAGAAUAACUUUGAUAAACUGUCUUGUUUACAAAGUUUUAUACAGUGCCGUGCCCCUGCAGAGGUUUUUACAUCCCCUGGUCUAAAGAGAAUUUCUAUAGUUUUACUUGUUUAUGAAUUUAACAACGAUGUCAUUUAUGAAUGACUUAAAUUCAAUUACCAUAUAUUUAAUUUGCCAAUUUUUAGAUUGUCUUAUACAAUAGGACAAAAAGAGAAGGGGGAAAAAAAGAGCAAUACACAAGAAUAAAAUAAAUGUUCAUCAGAUAAUUAACCUAUAACUGUGGAGCAAGGGAAUAUUAAUCAUUUGUUGAGCAAUCUACAUUUUGGCAAAUUACUUAAUUGACAGGGUGCACCACUUCAGCUUGGAGGGACUGACUGUGAGAUAUUCAUGUUGAUUGUAAGUGGUCUUAUAAUUGCUAUACAUUUGUAUUUCAGUAUGCCCUGUAUGUGACCCUUGGGAAGCCCUUUUGAUUUUUCAGCAGUGAGUUUUUACCAAUUUCGGGUUAUUUGUUCAGCAAAAAGGGUUGAAAACACAAUUAACAUUUUAUGCUUAAGAUUUUCAAUUGCCAUCUUUUAUCAGUCUGACAUGCCUGUAAUCAGGAGGUGGUGGUGCCAUCAGUUACUACAGGCAUUUCCUCUGGCAAGCCAACAGUCAGUCACCAAGCAAAUGAUCCAACCGGAUCUAAACAUCAUGGAGGUCACCCCAUCUGUGCCAGAUGUUAUGGAGGUCAUCCCAUCUACGAGAAUCCAUGUAUGUACAGGGAAUAUUUAUGUAUUGUUUGACUACUGUUUGUUUAUGUAAUAACCUUUCCUGUUUCAUAAAAGUGUUUGAGCAGCACUUUACUAAUUACAUUAUUAUUGAAAUGUCAUAUCUUUGUGCACAAAGGACUUGGCUGUGAUGAAACGGAUUCUGCUUUCCUGGCACUGCCCAUGUGCCAAAGCAAGACAGACAUGUCUCCAUAAAACAAUUGCUAAGUGUCUAUCUAUGCAAACUGACUGGAACUAACUGUGCAGUAAACUGUUUUAAUGCACACCACCUUCCAGCCAAUCAGAAUCUAGUAUUUAGACUGACCAUGGUAUAAUACAAUAUGAUCAACUUUGUUUUCUGCUUACAUGUGACUGCUCCAGAAGAUAUAUUUUUGUAUAAUAAUUAAAUGUGUUGUGUUAUUUUUUUUAUCAUAGAAACUUAGCAAUUCUAAUUUCACCUGGCCUUUGGACAAUGUCCUUACUGAGAGACUGAGGUAUUACAUGCAACUUCUUUGCAUGUAAACCAUUAUUAUCAGCAGUGGAAUGUCAUGAUAUAAUAAAUUCAGUGUACACUAUAUAAUGUACAAUAUGGUCUUAUUCCACUCUUAAUUGACAGGGUGCACCACUUCAGCUUGGAGGGACUGACUGUGAGAUAUUCAUGUUGAUUGUAAGUGGUCUUAUAAUUGCUAUACGUUUGUAUUUCAGUAUGCCCUGUAUGUGACCCUUGGGAAGCCCUUUUGAUUUUUCAGCAGUGAGUUUUUACCAAUUUCGGGUUAUUUGUUCAGCAAAAAGGGUUGAAAACACAAUUAACAUUUUAUGCUUAAGAUUUUCAAUUGCCAUCUUUUAUCAGUCUGACAUGCCUGUAAUCAGGAGGUGGUGGUGCCAUCAGUUACUACAGGCAUUUCCUCUGGCAAGGUAUGAUACUGAUAACUGUACUUUAUGUGUGCAUUCACAAUAUGCAGGUCAUUUGCAAUAAAUAAAAAAUAAUGCACACUGGAAAAUUUUCCAGUUUUUAAAUUUACUGUUUUGUCACUUUUUCUUCAAAGCCAACAGUCAGUCACCAAGCAAAUGAUCCAACCGGAUCUAAACAUCAUGGAAGCCUUGCUCUCCUAAACAUGUUCAGAAAAAACAUAUGUUCCUGCUCAGCUUCUGUUCGGACGCUCUUGCUUACUGCUCCGCGCUUUUGCUCUAUCGCUUUUAUAUUUUCAUAUUUUAUCUCCUUUUAUCAACUAAUUUUAACUUAAAUCAGCACAGUGCUCAAAAGCUUGGAUUACUACAAAAAAAAAAAAAGAAAAAAAAAAGAGAAUUCUUUUAUCCGACCAGCCUCCCACUGAAAGUUUUCAUUCCAGGGAAGGGAAAACACAACUGCCUACAUUCAAAAGGAUAAGAGAAAAUGCCUCUUCUGGAAUCUACUUGCUGCACUAACUGCCACAGACUUUUACAAAGGAUUGCAGUUCUUGAAACAAAGUUAUUUACAGGACCACCAAACCAGACGGAACACACAACAGAGCUUCGUCAUGGACGCCCUCAGCAUACAGCCGGUGAGCCCCAUGAAUCUAGUGCUCCUCGACAGGCCAUACUGAGAGUAGAGAAACAAACCGAUCGACUUACAAAUCGAUGGCAAAAACAGGGAGCAAGACCAAAAGGCACUCGAGACAUCAGAUUGUCACGAGCAUCUCAUAUUGCCGCAGUAGCAUCCUCUACCCCAGAUACGGCUCUGACAAGGAAUGCAAACACUGGUUUCCUACCACCGCCUAUACGCCUAUACAUCUUGAGAACAGAUUUGAAGUAUUAAUGAAUGAGGAAUCCCCAAAUGUGAUCGAACACAGACUGAAUCAGCCAGUACACUGAUGUGAACUGGCGCUCAAGGUCGAGCAGACAGCGGCAUUCAGCUCAGAGCGCAGCCGGGCCCAGGACUCUGAUAGUGGGUGACUCCAUAAUCAGAAACAUUAGCAGCAGGGAUACAACUACAUGCUGCCUUCCACAAGCAACAACCUCGGAUGUAAACAGGGAACUUCAGAACAUUCUGAUGAAACAUAAGACUGCAAAUCGACUCAUCAUUCAUGUGGGGAAGAAUGAUAUUCAUAAAGAGCAGUCAGAACUCCUUAAAAAGGAUUUCAAUGAACUUUUUGAAACACUUAAAAGACUGAAAGUUAAAACAUUCAUCAGUGGACCACUUCCAGCAAGAGGAACAAACAGGUUUUCACGGUUGCUUGGGCUUAAUACAUGGCUGCAAAAACCUGCAAUAUAAAAGGAGUGAACUUCAUUGACAACUUCAAUCUUUUCUGGAGUCAUAGGCAACUGUUUCGACAUGAUGGCCACCACCCAAACAAACUUGGUUCAAGAGUGCUAAAGGACAAUAUCUACUUCUCCCUCAAUCAUCCUUCUGCAGUGUGUGCCAAUCCACUCAAUCUGAAUGGCACACACACACCUGGACACAGUAUGAAUGACCACAGGACUUCACUUCAGCACCUGAAUGGACAUGCAGUUGACAAAUCACACAAGGACAAUGAUAACACCACUCAGCCACAACAAUUUCUGCUCAUGGACAUAAUCUCAUCUGAGCCAUGCCCACAAAGUUCACCACAGACAGACUGUGACAUAUUAGAACUGCUCCAAGAUUCAGCACCCAAGGACGACUUUCUGGAAACAUCCAGGGAAACCACGACAGCAUAUUACAGCCCCUUUCACCAGACACGUUAUCCCUCUCUCCAGCAUCUCCACAUCUGUGUUUCUCAGAGAACAUGGAAGAACUGGUGUAUGCUGGAACCAAACUAUCCCACUCUUUUGCUGCAAGCCCCCAGAUAUCAAGCAAAAAACGUCAGGCCCCUCAAGCACCUGCGGGCCCAGCUCGCCUCCCCUCCUCCUGUGAGAGCUCUUCGACCUCUGCCACAACGCCAGGGCUCACACCCUCCUCCAUCUGCUCGAGGUGAACCAAAAACAACUGAUACCAGCUCUCAGUGAUAUGUGUUGGGUCCCUGCUAUGAUAACAGUAACUUUCUCAAAUGUUUACAAAACAAGCGGGAACUCAGUGUGCCUGUAUCAAUCUCUAUUGCUGUUCGAUUACAUCAUAGAAAGUCUAAGGCCUUCAAAUGCCGUACAGCAAACCCAUCUAAUCUGGUGCCUAUUACACGCCAAACUAAGAUUGCUGUGGGGACAAAAACUGUUAAGUUAGCACUUUUAAACAUCUGCUCACUUAAAAAUAAAUCACUUCUAGUCAAUGACUUAAUUAUCACAUACAACCUGGAUUUUAUGUUUCUAAAUGAAACUUGGCUAGAAGACAGCUGUAGUGCAACAGUCCUUAAUGAAACAUCCCCUCCUAACUUUACUUAUUUGAGUGUCUGCAGAGAAGGUAGACGAGGUGGGGGUUUAGCUGCUCUUUUUAAAGAUGUCUAUCAAUGUAAGCAAAUAUCAUUUGGGAAUUACCCGCCUUUCGAAUAUCUGGGUAGUGUGUUAAAAGGUGCUCCACGCAUUUUACUUAUCAUUAUUUACAGGCCUCCAAAAUACUCUCCAGCCUUCGCUGAGGACUUUACAGAACUGUUAUCAACAAUUACCUCAGAGUUUGACUGUUUUGCCAUUGCUGGAGACUUUAACAUUCACAUAGAUAAUGCAGAAAACAAUAUGGCAAAAGAAAUCAUAACUGUUUUAAAAACUUUUGAUCUGACUCAGCAUGUACAUGGACCCACACACAAUCAUGGACACACUCUAGAUUUACUUAUCAGUAAGGGUCUAAACAUUUCAUCGAUUGUUAUUAAGGAUGUAGCACUGUCUGAUCGUUUCUGUGUUUUCUUUGAUAUAUUGAUCUCUCCUGCCACUGAAGCUAGAUCUGUGUCUGUCAAGAAGAGAUGCUUAAAUGAGAACACUAGUGUACUAUUUAUGAAGGCUGUAUCUUUAACACCAAGUAUAUCUGCUGACUCUGUUGAUUUUCUCCUUGAUUCUUUUAACUCAAAAGUUAAAAGUGUAAUUGAUGAUAUUGCUCCAGUGAAAGUCAGGAAGAAGAGUGGCAGACAAAAAGCGCCUUGGAGAAACUCAACAGCAGUGCAAAAUAUGAAAAGACAAUGCAGAAAAGCAGAGCGCAUGUGGCGGAAGACAAAACUUGUAGUCCAUUAUAACAUCUACAAAGACAGCAUCCAUGCUUUUAAUAUGGAACUAGGCAAAGCUAGACAGACUUUCUUCUCGAAUAUUAUAAACAGCAACUUAAACAACACACGCACUCUUUUUGCGACUGUAGAGAGACUGACAAACCCCCCCAAGCCAGAUUCCCAGUGAAUUGCUCUCAGACAGCAAGUGCAAUGAGUUUGCUUCUUCUCUGAAAAAAUCAAUAAUAUCUGAAAGGUGAUCAGCACAUCCUUGAGUUGUGCUGGGGUCAGACAAAUCAAACCACAACCUGAGAAAGUAGUUACUAUGUCUGAUUUCAAAGAAAUUGAUGGCAAAAUUUUGGAAGAAACCGUACAGCACCUUAAAACAUCAACCUGCGCCCUUGAUGCACUUCCCACAUCUUUUUUCAAAAGUGUGUUCAACUGUUUAGAAGCAGAUCUCCUAGAAGUGAUAAACUCUUCACUUCUCUCUGGGAGUUUUCCAAACUCCCUGAAAACUGCAGUUGUCAAGCCCCUCUUGAAAAAGAGCAAUCUGGAUAAGACCAUAUUAAGCAACUAUAGACCGAUCUCAAAUCUUCCUUUCAUAGGCAAGAUCAUUGAAAAAGUUGUCUUCAAUCAGCUGAACAAAUUC